AUGGUCGACGAUCAGAGCCCACGCAGACCGUCAUCCUACAGACGGACAUCACCGCCCGCCCCCUCAGAGGGAGCUCUCGGACGAAGGCGAGUGGAUCCCUUGCAAGAUCCCACGGGCACAGAGCCCGGCAUGACCGAAUCACCACCUGACUACCGCACCGACCGGAGGAUCAUCAGGCAACAGACGAGACAGGUCACGGGCAACGAUACCGUCGUCGACGCUUUCGCUCAGGGAACGGGCGACGUCAUCUUCCGGUCUGCCAACGCAGGUCACAGCAGACCUGCCACCCAGUUCUUGCUCCACCUCGCCAACCUGAGAACCAACUCGCCCGUCUUCUCCACCUUGCUCGAGGAACCCGACGCGUUACCGAGACUGCCGCCGCUCAACCUGCCCUGCAUCCAGGUCGAAGAGGAUGCAGAGACGCUCCAUAUCCUGUUCCAAUACUUCUACCCCCGACCUGCACCCGUCCUGUGCUCAUACAAAUUCGGCGUCAUCAAGACACUCUUCUCCGCCGCCCACAAGUACGAAGUCUUUCGGGCCAUCGAUGCAGCAACGACGGAGCUGCGACAGUUUGCCACCGUGCAACCUUUUGUCGUCUAUGCCGUCGCGACCUCCAUCUCGCCGCCUAGCGAGGAACUGGCCAGAGAGGCCUCGAGACAUACACUCGUCCACAAACUCACCAAACUCAAACCGUCCUAUUUCGGAGGACUGUCCGGCAUUGCAGUCCAUCGGCUCUGGAUGCUCCACAACUCCCGCGUCGAACUCGGCAGAGAGAUCCUCAUGACCACCCCUCUCGCCAAAGAUCCGGACCAUCUCCACUGUUCGGAGAUGAAGCUCGUCGAGCGGUUCUGGUACGAGGAGGUGAGAAGGAUAGCCGACGAGAUGGUGCCCAGCUUAGAUAUCGCUGCACGACUGGGCGUACGAGAGCCGAGCCACUUGCAAUGCGUGAGAUGCUACCAGAGCAUUCUCAGGACGGCCGAUAUCAUCCGCAGAAAGUGGUCCAAAGCACCGAGCACGGUCGUCUGA